UUGACGGGACCAUCUCUACUGCUGUGUUUCUGCGGCAACAGGGAUCACAGACUGCAGACUGACAGCUCUGGUUACCACCGAAGAGAACACCGUCACCAUGGGUGAACCAAACACUCCUUUCUAUGUGCUUGACUUCGAAUCCUUUUACGAAGAGACGUUCAACGUCACGCUCGACGACAGCACCGUCUACGAGAUGAACGAGAAGACCCUGAUCUGUGCCGAUGCGGCCCUGCCAACCGUGGUUCGCGUCGUCAUGAGUUGCUUCUACAUCCACAUCUUCCUGGUGGCUCUGCCCGGGAACCUGGUGGUGGGGCUGGUCGUAAGGUCCUGCAAGCAGAGCCUCUCCCCCUCGGACGUCUACCUGUUCCACCUGGCGGUGGCUGACACCCUGCUGGCGCUCACCCUGCCCUUCUGGGCCGCCUCGCUGGUGUGGGGCUGGGUGUUCGGCGGCACCCUAUGCAAGCUGGUCAGCCUGGUGCGGGAGGUCAACUUCUACAGCAGCAUCCUGUUCCUGGUGUGCAUCAGCGUGGACCGCUACCUGGUAAUCGUGCGCGCCAUGGAGACCAGGAGGGAGCGGCGGAGGCUGUGGAGCUGGGUCGUGUGCGGUGCCGUCUGGGCGGCGGGAGCCGUCCUCUCCCUGCCCGUGCUCUACCACGAGGUCUUUGUCCCCAAAGGGCAGGAGCAGGCGGUGUGCAUGGAGAACAGCGACCCGGAGAACGCGCGGGCGCUGCGCCUGGUCACCCGCCUGCUGCGCCACACGCUGGGCUUCCUGCUGCCGCUGGCGGCCAUGCUGGGCUGCUACUGCGUGACGGUGGCGCGGCUCCUCCGCACGCGCGGCUUCCAGAAGCAGCGCGCCAUGCGGGUCAUCGUGGCCGUGGUGGCCGCCUUCCUGCUCUGCUGGACGCCCUACCACGCCGCCGCCAUGGCCGACACCCUGAUGAGGGCCCGGGUGGUGGGCUACGGGUGCGCGGCUCGCCAGGCCGUGGACCUCGCCCUGUUCGCCACGCAGAGCCUGGGGCUCCUGCACUGCUGCGUCAACCCCGUGCUCUACGCCUUCAUCGGGGAGAAGUUCCGCAGGAACCUGCUGCACCUCUGCAGGAGGAAGGGGGGCCUGGAGCGCGGAUCCGCCUCUCGCUACAGCCGCUCCACCUCCCAAACCUCGGAGGCCAUCUCUCCUGUCAUGUGACCAGGGACACUGCUCAAACCUCAGAGGCCAACUCCCCUGUCAUGUGACCAGGAACGUUGCUCAGACCUCAGAGGCUAAGUCCCCUGUCAUGUGACCUGGAACAUAGCUCAAACCUCAGAGGCUAACUCCCCUGUCAUGUGACCAGGAAAAAUAAUGGUUAGGGAACUGGGCUCAUAACUUUAAGGUUGCCAGUUCUGUUCCCUGGUAGGACAGUGCCAUUGUACCCUUGAGCAAGGUACUUACUAUAACCUGAAUUGCUUCAGUCUGCACCCAGCUGUUUAACUGAAUACUAUCUAAAAAUGCAAAAGUUGUAUAGGUUACUCUGGAUAAGAGCAUGUGAUAAUGCCUGUAAUGUAAAGUAAUUUUGGGUUGGGGGAGGGGGGAGGGGAGAGGGUUGCUGAAAGCGCAUGCAUUGUUUAAAUUGAACUGUCUCACAGAUCAUCAUCGAUCCCUCAACAAGGAAACCUAGGUCUUGACCUAUUUCUAUAGAAAUGUUUGUGAUUCAUUAUCUCAUUUUCAAAGUUUCAUUUGCACAUUAAACAUGACCACAAUUUUUUUCCUAAUGGUGACUGUAAUUGUUUAAACACCCAACAUCAAGCUGCAAAACUAACGGAGCUGGUUAAUUUCACAAGCAAGCGAUAUGUGCAGUAAAAUGCAGUAGUUAGGUAGGUGAGACUGUCAUGCUUAAAUUCAAGUAAAAAGCAAUUUUUUCCAGCAUUGGUGCAUGCUAGCCCCCCUGCCCCACCCACCCGAGUGUCACUCAGUGCAGUUUUACUUUGACUUGUGCCUGUAUGUAACCGAUCAUGUCCUUCUUACAAGGGACAUCUACAGCAAUUUCUCUCUUAAAAUGCACACAAACACGCACGUGCACACACACAAGCACGCACACACGCACACACGCACACACACCCCCAUACUGUGUAACACAAGCGUGAACAACAAUGACAGGAUAAUGCGUCAGUAUCUGGCAGACUGGAUCAGAGAAUUUGCCUCGAGAGCAGGCUUUUUGCUUUUCUGCGUUUGCACACUUCUCUGUGCCCUGAACUUAGCCUUUUGAAACAUUAACAUCAUUGCCAAUGCUGGGCAGCAAACCUGUGGUGUAAGGACUGUAGGCUAUUAAUAUUGUACGCAUUUCUUUCAAAAGUGUUUUAAUGUGUUGAAAGCAAACACAUUAAUAAUUGAUAGUCUGCAUAAAAUUGUAUUCCUGGUUGUACAUCUCGUGGCAUAACUAGUCAGGCAAGAAUAAAAGAUUUACCGGCUUU